UCAAGUAGAACAAUAUAUUUUACUUGCCUUCGUCUAGUUAAGUGUUCAUGCGAAGGGAACGACUUUUGAAAUUUGCGUCGAUAUUUUAUGUUUAAAAAGUGAAAAAUGUCGACGAAAACGACGCCUCGUGUAGGGACCCAGGCCACGAUGAGGAGUCAAACGAGGUCAGUGAUCCCACCUCAUUCGGAACUAAAGACAAAGACAAGUGUUGGCGGAAGUACGGAGCGUAUUGCUACAGCAUCCACUUUUGAAAGGCUCUCCAGCAUAGGAGAUACAACAACACGAUCGGAGGUGGGACAGGAAAUGACGUCUAAGACGGAAACGACAGACUUGCCCUUUUUCAAACAAGACCAGUUUACGGAUGUUGUAUUGCAGGUUGGAGGCAAAAAAUUGUACACAUGUCGUGCUCUGCUGGCAUUCAACUCUCCUGUGAUGGCAAAAAUUCUCAGCUCAGGCUCGACCAAAAACAAAGACCUUGACCUGCCGGAGAAAGAGUACGAAGAUGUUGUAGAGUUACUAGCAUUCAUAGAUCCACGUGUUGACUAUCUAAUAACUGAGCAGUCAGCAAUCGCACUACUUCCUCUUGCGGAAGAGUAUGAAAUCCGGAGUUUGAAGGAACUUUGCGAGCAGACGAUAAUACAAUCUUUUCGCCGAAUGAAAAAGGGAAAGAAGCCCGGCUCGAUCCCAGUUGACAUUAGCCUGGAAUAUCUUCAUAUGGCUGACAAAUAUGAGUUUCCUGGCCUACGUAAACUGGUUACUGACGAAUUCGUUAACAACGAGGACCCGAAUGCUACCAAGUCCCUGAUGGAGUCGACGUUGAUAUCAGAACACAUGAAACUAACUGUUCUUGACAAGAAGGUGGAAAAAGUACAUUUCGAGCUUGACAGGGAACGCAGGGAGCGGACGGCUAUUGAGACAAAACUAGGAGAUUAUGGACAUAAACGCAUUGGCAGACGGCCACUGCUUGAGUAAACCUAUGCACAAACAUACCCGCUUCUGUAGCCGCUGCAGGGUUUCAUUAUAGCAAAAAGAAAAGUUAUAGCCGCGGCUUAUCAUAUAUCUUGUUGAAACAACCUUUAGAUUAGGCAUUGAAAGGUGUCUCUAUUUUCUAACAAGGGUAUUUCUAGACCUAAUAAAUGCAUUGCAGUAUGGUCUACCGCUUCUACAAAACUUGAGUAUUCAUUUCAAAGAAUCAAAUAAGCUUAUAAAUCAAGUACGUAAUUUUUGUACCGUCUCAGGGUAUACUAGACUGCGAGCUGAACAAAGACUUGCGCAUGAAUCAAAUGGACUUAAAUUUAGCAGCAAGUGUCUUCUGAAACAUUGUAAUAUGUUUUACAAGGACGCCAUUAAUUUUAUUAACUGUUCGAUAUAUUUGAUCUAAUCUGAGAAGACUUGAAUAUGUUCACUCUUACCGGAUCGAGGUUCUGUCGUGCAUAAUGACUUAAACCACAGCAAAACCUCACCGUAUUCUUAUUGAUUACUUUUGUAUUAAUUGUAAUAAAAUAUAACAACCAUAGGUAAAUUCUUUAAACAAAGUCUCAGAUCUAGCUACUGUUGUAAUUUUAUUCAUAUUAUUAAUAUAUAAUCAAUUUAUUAUAUACCUCUACCUUUUUGUUUGAUUAUUUGUUAUCGAACGAAAUCUUCGGUGUAUAUCGAUGUAAAAAUAAAGUGAGUUAAGAUUU